AUGUCUGAUGAUGCUUACUAUAUAACGCCCCAUGAAGCUGCUCUAGCAGUGGUGGCUACAUCCAUGAAAAAGGCCAGACUACGACUUGAUACUUUAAUCAUAAACUCAAUUGUUGGAGGUGUUCUAUUUUCUGCUGGUGGUAUGCUUCAUUUAUGUGCUCAAGCUGAAAAUCCAGAGAUUUGGGACAAUAACCCAGGUCUUGUUCAUCUUAUGCAAGGUCUUGUAGAUCCCAUCGGUUUAUUUUAUGUUGUUAUAAUGGGUGCUGAUUUGUAUAAUUCAAAUAUUUUAUACUUUUCUGUUGGUGUGUGUCGUGGUGCUGUCACAAUUUUAGACCUUUUGAUUAGUUGGUUUGUUAGUUGGUUUUGUAAUUUAGGAGCAAAUUUGUUUGUCUGUUACGUUAUUUGUGAGUUAUCUGGUAUUACAAAAGCUCCGCAUUAUGUCGAAGGAUCAAUACAAAUCACCAUGGAUAAAGCCAGUGCAUCAUUCAUUCAGACUUUUAUAAGAGCAACUGCUGCCAACUUCUGUGUCUGUCUAGCUGUUUAUUUACAACUAAUGGCCAAGCCAUUACAUGUAAAGUUUUUUUUAAUGGCAUUACCAGUUUUCACUUUUGUCACUAUGGGUUUUAAUCAUGCUGUUGCUGAUAUGUAUUUGAUUCCAAUGGGUAUGUUUAAUGGGGCACCGCUUUCAGUGGGUAAAUUGAUCUGGAAACUUCUUAUACCAGCUGCUUUAGGAAAUGCUGUUGGUGGUUCCAUCUUUGGUAUUGUCAUUCCUUGGUACUCUCACUUGGUUGUUGUUGAAAGAGAUCGUAAGCUACUUAACUUACCUCAAUAUGAAGCUAAAGAUGAACAACCAGAAUUGGAAAUGGAUUCGAGAGUUGUCAGAGUUCCAACAGAGAAGGAACAGGAUAUUGAUUCUUCAUCAGAUCUUGACGAACAAAACAAUAGUGAUGAUUAUAAUCCAGUAUCGUACAUGCCACAAGCUCCAAGAAGACCAUCUCAAAUUACACGAGCCUCUGGAAGUUUAUCAAGAAUGCCAACUGGUGCUUCAGCAUUUUCUCGCUCAAGUGUUAGAUCGCCUCCAGGUGUUUUCCCUGUUUUGGGUAUGGGUGAACCUUUAACUAGAGAAAGAACAAUUGCAUCAAGUCAACAUCAAAACAGAGAUUCAGAUGACAUACAAAGCUCACCAGAUAACCUUUCAUUAGACUCAGAUAGAGACUCAACUUUAGAUAAUACAUCAACACACACAAGAGGACUAAGUGCUAGUGAGAAGCAAAAACUUGAAGAGGAAGAGUAUGAGAAAGAAGGCGGUUACAAUGCUAGAGAAAAUAGAUUAGGUGAAAAUUUGAAGAGAGCUUUCUCAAGAAGACAGAGUGUACCAAGAGACAUUGAGAGUGCACUUGAUGAACCAAUCACCCAAACAAGAACCCAACCUAGUGCUGCUCAUUUGCUAAGGACAAUUUCAAAAUCAUUCACUCCAAGGGGCCAUGAAAAUGCUCAAGAUAUUUCAAGAAGACUGUCGUCACAUAGUAUAACACCAAGAGCUGCUAAUGCGUCUGAUAACAUUGCUGGUAUCGAUAAUUAUGAUAUGAGGGAUGCUCAAGCGAGAGGUGCACCAAUCAGGAGACCAAGUCUUGCUCGUAGACCUUCUUCAGUCAGAACUAGUGAGUCAACCAUCCCCCUCCAGAAGUUACGAAAUCCAACACUUGUUUCGAGUCAUGACAAUGACAACUUUGAACAACAAAGUGUCAACUCAAAUAUUCAACCAUAA